UCUAGUUCUGCAGCAAUAGAAUUUUGCCAAAUGUUUCAAAAUAGAGAGAAAUUUGUAGAUUUUUUAAAUGAAAGUGUCAAGAUAUACUAUCAAAAGAUAUUGCUUUAUUGUUUGACAUCAAUCAUUUAAUGUCAGAAAUCUCAAUUGACGAAAGUUAAGGUAAAGAUGGUAAUUAUUGAGGAGCAAAUAACUAUUUAUUUGAAAUUAGACUUAGUUAAUUUAAACAUUGAUCGAUAGCUACAUUUCCAAAUUAUAGAUUGUCUUAUUCAUCUAGAAAACAUGAAAAGAUUCCUCCCUCUUUUUUGUUACGAUUAGGCAUUUCUUUUAUUAAUUUAGCUUUUAUUAGGUGUUUGA